AUGUCACGGGAUGAUGUGGGCUCAUGUGAGAUAAAAACUUGCUGGGACACAUUGCCCACAUUCAGGGAGAUUGGCAUGAUCAUCAAAGACAAAUUCGAUGGAGCAUCGGAGGUGACGAUCGAGGAAGAGGAGGACGACCAGCCACGGAUAGUCAUGAAGAACUCGCAGUUCAAGCGUCACACCAACGCAGAUCUAAUCUAUAUGAGCCCGUCGCCAGAUUUUUGCGAUGCUGAUCCGGCACGUGGAAUUUUUGGCACAAAAGGGCGGGAGUGCAAUGUCACCUCUCAAGGAGUGGAUGGUUGCCAGCUGUUGUGCUGCAAUCGGGGAUUCGAGCGACGAGUAUUUUUCGAGGUCGAUCAGUGUAAUUGCAAAUUUCACUAUUGUUGUCGAGUCGAAUGCGAACCGUGUGAACGUCGAAUCGAAAGGCAUUUCUGCCUUUGA